AAUUCCACGGGACGGUUCGGUGAAAGUCAGUGUGACUUGAUGGGCCGCCUACGUGUCCGGGGAGAGAAAAGAACCUUAGAUCCAGGACUCAGCGGUAGGAGGCCAGGAGAACGAAGAAAAAGAGAGAAGAAGGAAAGUGCAAACGGCCUAAGGGGGCCGCCGCUUUGCAUAAUCAAAUCCUGCGAUGAUGUAGCAGAAUGCGAAGUACCCCGUCGUCACUGGUGCGCCGAAAAAGGGGCUGAGAAUCCCGCGGGCACGCGAGUACUUCGAAAAAUGCAGCCUCGUGUUCCCUUCGCAGCCUUCGUUGCCUUUCGGUUCGGUCAUAAGGCCGUAGGCACCCCUUACCAGACAUCCAGCCCUUGCAGAAUUCCCGGAGUAACCCGGAAACAUCUACUCGUUUUGCGACAGAGACACCACGAAUUCUUGUUCCGCAGGGCUGACGUGGAAAGAAUGAAACUGAUGGUGGAGGAAGCAUGGCGAAGUUGAGGAACUAAGUCUGGGUUUAACGAAGAGUGAUGUUAGGUGUCUUGUAAGUUGUGCGAUGGGGUAUGUCGGUGAAUUUUAUGCUUUAUAUUUCCUUUGAAAUUGGUGUACCAUGCAAAAUAGUUGUAGCUACCAAAUUUUGAAUUUGAAACAUACUGUUGAAAUAUAUUGCCAUUUUGAAAUAAUUACGUAUUUUAUAGUAUCCAAAAAUUUGAAACGGAAGCUUUAACUUAGAAUUGUGUAAUUUUAGUACUCAGAUCUUCAUUUCUGAAAAAGUAAUGUUCAAUUUGAGGAAAAUUAAUUUAAGGAAGAAUUUUAUAUUUCAUAAAAGCGAAUCACAAUAUGCAU